UGAGUGUGGUUUCUGUCUUUUGGGUUCGUGUUUUUGGAAGGUCUCUUAGUGCUGCAUUUGGCAAUAAACACUUUCAUAGGCUUAAUAAAGUCGCGGGCUCUGCUGCGUCCCUUUCCCUGUGCGAGCUUUUUUGGGUGUUACUGAUUUAAAUUUCAAGCUUUCUUUUCAUGCUGUUUUGGUUUGAUUGGUUGUCGUGGUUGAGGUUGAGAUAUGAUUUCCUAGAUUGCGUUUGAUUUUAUUUAAUAAACAGAUGUAUGUUUUACUUUCUGCAGUGGCGUGGAAUGUUCUUGAUGUGCUAUAUUAUUUUUUUUUCCGGUGAUGAUGGCCGUGAGAGACGAUGGACGAUGCUUGGAUUUGGAGUCGGUGACAAACGGUAUGGCAGUCGGGUUUGAGUUUGUUAGGGAUCGAGUAGGGUGUAUUAGUAUGAUUUUGGAUUGGUGGUUGGGCUUGAUUUCUUUGGCUGUUCACCUGGCUCGCUAGAUUUUUAAUGCAAAUCCAGUUUGCAUAUUAAAAAAAAAAAUAACGGAUAUAUACGGACGACGAGACAUCCAUCCGGAGGAAGCUAGAAGCCGCCAGCUGACAUACGGUUUCCCUCUCAAUGAACUGGCGUUAUCCACCGAAGUGUCAUUGUUUCCGCUUCAAUUAACACAUGUUCUCUCGUCCUGCCUCGUAGUCCUACGUGUCAUCACCCUUACUCGCUAUAAAUUUGCCUCUUCACAGCUCUACUUUCUCCGCGCUCUGAUAUUUGUUCUGUAUCGUGCUCUUCCGAUUGGUUUAAUCGUCCAGGUCAUUGACCCCUGCCUUUUCUUCCCAGUCUUCAAUCAAAACCCAUCUCAGAACUCACCGGAAAACUCAGUUUCCGGUAAUAUUUGUUGCUGUCAAGAGACCAACUUCUGCUGUGUCUGCGAGAAUGGCUUCCGGUGGUCAGCAAUUUCCUCCUCAAACGCAAGAGAAGCAGCCUGGGAAAGAGCAUGUCAUGGACCCUCUUCCUCAGUAUAUUAGCCCCGAUUACAAGCCCUCCAAUAAGCUUCGGGGAAAGGUUGCACUGGUGACUGGUGGCGACUCUGGAAUAGGACGAGCUGUGUGCUAUAGCUUUGCACUUGAAGGUGCAACUGUGGCUUUCACGUAUGUGAAGUCUCAAGAAGACAAGGAUGCUCAAGAUACUCUCCAGAUACUGAAGAAGGAUAAGUCCGCAGAUGCCAAGGAUCCUAUGGCGAUACCUGCAGAUCUUGGGUUUGAUGAGAACUGCAAGAAAGUUGUUGAUGAGGUGGUAAAUGCAUAUGGCCGGAUUGAUAUUCUGGUUAACAAUGCAGCCGAGCAACAUAAAUCUACGUCGGUGGAGGACAUUGAUGAGGAGAGGCUCGAGCGGGUGUUUAGAACCAAUUUCUUCUCUUACUUUUUCAUGACUAGCCGGUGUCUGAGGCACAUGAAAGAGGGUAGCUCUAUAAUCAACACGACGUCAGUGAAUGCAUACAAGGGAAAUCCUGCGCUGCUGGACUACACAUCAACAAAAGGAGCAAUAGUUGCUUUCACAAGAGGACUUUCACUGCAGCUUGUGAGCAGAGGGAUACGAGUCAAUGGCGUUGCCCCUGGACCCAUCUGGACUCCAUUAAUACCGGCUUCAAUGAGCGAAGAGGAGGUGGCUAACUUUGGGAAAGAGGUGCCAAUGAAAAGAGCUGGCCAGCCAAGUGAGGUUGCACCUUGCUUUGUGUUCCUUGCUUGUGAACACUGCUCUUCUUACAUCACAGGCCAAGUACUUCAUCCUAAUGGAGGCGUGAUCGUGAAUGGCUAAUGAGAACCUGUCAACAAAUUAACAUAACUUUUUGUAGUUUGAAGAAGAUGCAGAAAUCAAUAAACUUGUCUCUGUAGGGCUUGAGGCCCUUCCGUGUGAAGCUAAGUGAAUCUCUGUGUGGUGUUUUGUUAUAUAUAUCAGUUGUGGGCGUUGUAAGUGUAAUGUUCAUA